AUGGAGCAGAUCCAGCCUCACAUCGAUAGAGCUCAGAAGUUUGUACUGGACAGGAUUCCAGAAGAUCGCAGCGCACGAUUUCUUCUAGCUGGCGGCACGCUCUCGGUAGCAAGGUCAGACUACAUAUGCCUUGCGCUAUCCGUAGAAAAGCAGCUGACACUUCGACAGUGCUGUCCUAUAUCCUCUCGUCCUCCACUAUGCUCUUGGCCGUCAGGUUACACUUAGUCACCUCAACUCGGGCGCCAGAGCAGCGUCCGUUGAGGUGAAGGAAAUCGAAUCGCUGCCAUCUGACGUGAUCGAGAGGUCAAAGCGGUGUGUAUCGUCCAAGCCAAAUUGAGGUUGCUUUCAAUUUCGGAGCUGACCUCUUGGAUGAAGGUACCGCAUUUACCAUGACAAGAUCGUCAAAUUUCUGCCGAACUUCACCGUCGCCUUGAGCAACAGAAAUGAAGACAUCUUCACUCGGGUGCUGCGUAGGAACAUGGUAAGUGUCACAGCCGCCUGAUGGUCUUCCAUCCCCCCUGUUAACUCUUGGCUCAUUUGUGAAGGUCAACUUCUCAACCACCCUCCAAGGUUAUCUCCUGUGGUUCGCAGCCAAAGACGAGCGCCGCACCUUCACCAAGCAAUACAUCGAGAGCCUUGACUUCCGCGAUGGUGACUUGGUUUGCGGAGUAUAUCGCGUCGUCAAACGUACACCGCUCAAGGCCGAGCUCGCGAUCGAGCCCACCAAGGACCUAGCCCACGUAUCCGGACUGAUCGUUAUCACCGUGAGACCGCGUAACGAGGGCGCCAUUCUUACGAGCGAGACCAUACAGUGGAUCAAGAAAGACAACGGCCUUGUACUUCCACUGGAGCGCUGGCUAUAUUCGUUCAUGCAUUCUAUUACCAGUCGCAGCUUGAUCUUGAAAGCGGCUAGGUAUCUGGAUGAGAUCUCGUAUUGA